AUGGCCGACAAACCUCUCCUCCCCAACCUGACCCCCCGCGAGGCAGUCGCCGACACUCUCCACCGCUGCAUCCUAGGGCUCGACAGCAACAAUCGCCCUCUUGUGGAAUCUGCAUGUCUAAAAUCAACUGAGAUGACGUUUACAUACGGCCCAUCUGGAAACCAAGCCACCUUGACCGGCUGGGAUGCCAUAAGUCCCAUGUUCGAUCGUGUCUUCAGUCUCAUUACCACACAUACCGUGAGCAACAUACGCAUUGAGCUGGAAGACGACAGUGCAAGUGCGGCGCGUAUGACGGCACAUGUGAUUUCUUAUCAUGUGAGGGAGGAAGAAGCAUUUGUCGAGGCUGAUACCAGUUACACGGCGAGUUCCUUAUAUGACAUCGAGGUUAUCAAGGAUAACAUUGACCAAAGACUGUGGAAAAUCAAGACGUGGAAGGCUACCAUGUUGUGGACAACUGGGGAUAUCAAAGUGCUGCAUCCAUGA